CUUGUCUGACCUAUUCUCAAGUGGUGAGAUAAUAACCAGUGUAACUCUGGACAUAGUUUGACUAUCAAGAGCGAUUGUAUAACUGGGAGUAUACAGUCUAAACACCAAAAUGCAGAUCAAAGGAAAGGUUGCCAUAGUUACCGGUGGUGCAGGUGCCCUUGGACAAGCAAUGGUCAGAGCUUUGUUGGAAAAAGAAGCUAAGGUUUGUGUUUUUGACAUCCACUCUGGCAGAGGAGCCGAGGUACAGACAGAACUACAGAAUCAGUUUGGUGCAAACAAUGUUUCCUUCUCUAUUUGUGAUGUCACGGACGACAAGGGGUUUAAAGAUGCCUUCGACGGAGUUGUGGCACAACAUGGCAAGGUGGACAUCAUGGUCAACAAUGCAGCCAUUGUCGACGAGCGGGGGGACAUUGACAGGGUGCUGCUUGUCAACCUGGGUGGCACCAUUAGAGGUUCGAACCUCGCCAUCAAGCACAUGAGGAGGGACGAAGGUGGACAAGGUGGCAUUGUCAUUAACGUGUCAUCCAUAGGAGGUUUCACCCCUUUCCAUGCCCUUCCAUCAUAUGUCGCCACAAAGCAUGGUAUAACGGGGUUCACACGUUCCUGGGCAGCAAAUCCGCAUUUGGAGACCCUCGGACUGAGAUUCGGCCAGCUAUGUCCCACCUUUUUCAACUCGUUCAUUGUGCCCGACGUGGAGAAACAGAUGUUGUAUGGCAAAGAACAUAUGGAUAAAGACCAUGCCAAUGGGAACCAAGAUCCAAAGGACAUAGCUGCGGGUUUAAUUGAAAUUCUGGAGGAUGAUGACAGUAACGGCGUCCUUCUUCACUCUCAUCCAGUUGAUGGGAGCCGCAGAGUGACGAUACAGGUGGCUGAUGAGUCAACUUGAGAGCAUGCGUUACCAUUAAAUACAUGUAGAUUCUCUGGUUCCCCACAAGGGGAACGACAUUGCUUUUGAACCUAUUUGGUUAACCUUCACUGAUGAUCUUAACUGAUAGAUGUUUUGGGAACUUUGUCUGGAGCCAUGAGGGUUUUGUUUUGUGCUGCAGCCAGCCAUAUUUCAAGUAUAUAAUGAUUCAUUAAAUAUUCGAGUCUUCACCAUGUUGUUAUAUGACAGUGUAAUGUAUUGUUAAACUAUGAUUAUAACUGUUUUGCAUUGUUUCUGUUCAGAUUCAGUAGAAGCCCACUGCAUUGUAUUUGGAAACGUUGGGGAGUUCCCACUUUGCUAAUUGUUAGAUAUAGAAAUCACUCAGCCGUGAUAGUCUCCCAUACAAUUGGGGAGAAGGUUAAAGUCUGUUUCGCUAGCCUAUAGUCUAUAGCCAGCCAAAAAUAAAAAAAGGUAAUUAUGAA